CAUGGUUCUGUCUGCUUUUCGUCUUUUGCUUUUGUCUAGAUGAUUCAUAAUCUCUGAGAUCUAGUAUGUUCACAAGAGUUGUUCUUAUGCGCGGUGAGAUGAUCUUAGGAGUAGUUCAGUAUCUUUCUUCAAUUCAGAUUUUGAGUUUCUGAGAUCUGUUUUUUUUGCUUAAAGAAUCCGAUCUGAGUUUGAGGAAGUUGACUAAAUAGAUCGAAAGAUGUUUAAGCAGAUACUUGGGAAGCUUCCUAAGAAAACUUCUGCUAAGUUUUGGGAUAAUGGUGAAUCCCAAACUGUAGAUAACAACAAUCAAGGAGGUGAUGAAGUUUUAAGUCAGAGAUCAUCAUCAAAUGGAGAUACUUUGGAUUGUGUUUCUUUUGAUGUAUUGCCAAGGUUGAGAGAUGUUUCCAUCUCUGAGAAGCAAGAACUGUUUCUUAAGAAGCUUAGACUAUGUUGUGUUGUGUUUGAUUUCGUCGCCGAGCCUCAACAGAACUUCAAGGAGAAAGAGAUCAAAAGGCAAACACUUCUUGAAGUUGUGGAUUAUGUUAUCUCUUCAGGGAAUGGGAAGUUUCCUGAAUCAGUUAUUCAAGAAGCUACAAAGAUGAUUUCGGCGAAUCUCUUUAGUAGUCCUCAUCGGCAAUGGAAGAACAAAACUCCUGAAGCAUUGGAUAUGGAAGAAGAAGAAGGAUCUUUGAAUCCUUCUUGGCCUCACUUGCAGAUUGUUUAUGAGUUCCUUCUAAGAAUCGUCGCGUCUCCCAACACUGACCCCAAGAUAUCCAAGAAAUACAUUGAUCAUACAUUCGUUCUCAAGCUAUUGGAUUUGUUUGAUUCUGAAGAUCCUAGGGAAAGAGAGUAUCUGAAAACGAUACUUCAUCGGAUCUACGGGAGGUUUAUGGUUCAUCGCCCAUUCAUCAGGAAAACUAUGAACAACAUCUUGUAUGAUUUUAUAUUCGAGACCGGGAAACACUCAGGAAUCGCCGAGUUUCUUGAAGUUUUAGGAUCCAUCAUCAAUGGAUUCGCUUUACCACUCAAGGAAGAACACAAGCUCUUCCUUACUCGUGUCUUAAUUCCUCUACACAAACUGAAAUGCUUACCAAAUUACCAUCAGCAGCUUUCUUAUUGCGUUAUACAGUUCGUUGAGAAAGAUUGUAAGCUCGCGGAUACCGUAAUUAGAGGGAUGUUGAAGUACUGGCCCGUUACUAAUAGUUCUAAAGAAAUCAUGUUCUUGAAUGAAUUGGAGGAGAUAUUAGAAGCAACUCAAUUAACAGAGUUUGAACGGUGUAUGAUUCCGCUCUCUCGCCAAAUUGCUCAGUGCUUAAGCAGUUCUCACUUUCAGGUAGCGGAACGGGCUUUAUACUUAUGGAACAACGAUCAUGUCACUAAUUUGGUGAGACAGAACAGUAGAAUCAUUUUACCGAUAGUGUUUCCCGCUUUGGAGAAAAACGGUAGCAGCCAUUGGAAUCAGGCUGUGAAGAACUUGACCGAGAAUGUUCUCAAGGUUCUGUUACUCCAGGUUUAUUCUUCUAACCAAGAAACCGAAGAAAAGCUCUCUGCGAUGACUCUUGGUCGGUUUUUCGUCAGGAGGUUUCAUCAGAUGAGAGUUGAUGUUAUCUCCAGAGAUAUCAUCAAACCGUCAUCUCCAACUCCAAACCACUUAAAGAAGUUUCAACUCUCUCUUUUAGAACAGCUCGGUCCAACGAUCUUUGGUCCUAUGGUUUUCUUCUAUUCAGGUAACAACAGAAUCAAACCAGCUGAGCAAUUGCAGAAGCUGAAGAAGUCGUUAUCUGAAACUUUAACCCAUUUCUACCCUCUCGCUGGACGGCUCAAAGGCAACAUAAGUAUCGAUUGUAAUGACUCGGGCGCUGAUUUCCUCGAAGCAGAAGUCAAUUCCCCGCUUUCGAGUCUCCUACAAGAGCCUUCUUCGGACAGCUUGCAACAACUGAUUCCUACAUCAGUUGAUUCCAUAGAGACAAGAACCAGACUCCUUCUUGCUCAAGCGAGUUUCUUUGAAUGUGGAAGCAUGGCUAUAGGAGUUUGUAUCUCUCAUAAACUCGCUGACGCGACUUCUAUCGGUUUAUUCAUGAAGAGCUGGGCUGCAAUCUCGUCCCGAGGGUCUAUCAAAACUGUUGGAGCUCCGGUUUUCGACACGGUUAAGAUCUUCCCACCUGGAAACUUCUCUGAGACUUCCCCUGUACCAGUGGUUGAGCCAGAGAUCAUGAUGAAUCAGACUCUUUCGAAGAGAUUCGUAUUCGAUUCUUUAAGUAUUCAAGCCCUGCAAGCAAAAGCUUCAAGCUUUGAAGUGAAUCAACCUACAAGAGUCGAAGCUGUUUCAGCUCUUAUAUGGAAAACUGCAAUGAAAGCUACAAGAACAGUUUCAGGAACAUUGAAACCGUCGAUUCUGGCAAACUCCGCGAGUCUGCGCUCUCGUCUCUCUCCACCAUUCACAAAGAACUCAAUCGGUAAUCUAGUGAGCUACUUUGCAGCAAAAGCAGAGGAAGGAAUACACCAGACAAAGCUUCAAACUUUGGUUUACCAAAUCCGAAAAGCGAAACAGAGGUUUCGAGAUAACCAUAUACCAAAACUUGUAGGUAACCCAAAUGCUACAGAGAUCAUUUGUAGCUACCAGAAAGAAGCAGGAGAUAUGAUUGCAAGUGGAGAUUUCGAUUUCUACAUCUUCUCGAGUGCUUGUCGGUUCGGUUUAUACGAUACCGAUUUCGGUUGGGGAAAACCGGUUUGGGUCGGGAUUCCUACGGUUAGACAGAAGAACAUCGUGACGCUUCUCGACACAAAAGAAGCUGGUGGAAUCGAAGCUUGGGUGAAUCUAUAUGAACAAGAGAUGAAUCUUUUUGAACAAGAUAGAGAAAUGCUCCAAUUCGCUUCUCUGAAUCCUAGUGUGAUCCAACCUUUUCUCCAUGUUCUUUGAUUCUAAGUCCGGUUUAAUGAGCUAAACCGGAUAAAUUUGUUGAAAUUGGUUCUAUUUUGACUAGCCGUUAGGAGGCCACUAAAAACGUUAAAAUUCAAAUAACGGGCAAAAUUUGGUGAUGUAAUAAAUAGUCCUGAAGAAUCACUUUUUAUGAUAUAUAAUAAUAAAUUCAGAAGUCAUUU